ACCAAGGCCGUGGGAGACACAGGGGACUCCCUGUCCCCCAGCCUGGACUUCCAGCUCUGCCAAGGCGACCAGGUCCCCUCAGCCUGCAGGCCACUUGCAGAUACAGCGGAUGCUCAUGGCUGUCUGUGUUCCUUGCCACUGGGAUCGGCCAGGUCUGCCCUGCUCGCCUGCCCCAACAGCCUAGACGUAUACAUGUGCACGCUGCAGCCAGCACCCCGGGACACACUCUCACAGGAACUCAGAGAGGAGCCCUUAAGCAUGAAGCACCAGGCAUGGGGGCCACAGGCCAGUUCCACGGAUGACAGGAAGCUCACAGCCAAGUACCCAUCACGCAGCGACGAGACGGGAAGCUGGCUGGGAAAAGCUGGCUUGGGCCCCACUUGUCUGUCCUUUCCUCCUCUUUACAGCCCUUCUCCAAUCCCCUGGCUGAAGAGGAAGUGCCCUAGCCCCGUUUCCACCCCUGUCACCAAGCAGCUCCCAUUCUGUCUCCCCCAGUUCUACCCUGGGCACCCACUGCUCCUGCCCCCACCUUGCCUACUCCCCUGUGGGGCUCAGCCUUCUGUCCAUGGCCGCUACCUCUUCAUGGUGCCUCAAGACACCAGCUAUCAUCCCAUGCCAGUGCCUAGCUUGCUGAUGAUGGCCAAUGAACCUGGGCACCACAGCGCACAGCAGGGAACCCUGUCUCCUUGCCUGGGAGUUUUUCAAACCUCUGGUCGAGCUCGACCCUCCAGGUCCCCCAAUCCAGGCUCCAGAGCAAAUGUGCUGACCUACUGCCCAAGGUUGGAGCAUGCUGGUGUGACUUCUCUGGCCAAGCGGCUCCCUCUGAGCUCCCGGGCAGGCACUGCAGCCCUGCCUUACCCGCUGAAGAAAGAGAAUGGCAAGAUCUUGUACCAGUGCAACGUGUGCAACAAGAGCUUUGGGCAGCUCUCCAACCUCAAGGUUCACCUGAGGGUGCACAGCGGGGAACGUCCAUUCCAGUGUGUCCUGUGCCUCAAGAGCUUCACCCAGCUCGCCCACCUGCAGAAGCACCACCUGGUGCACACAGGAGAGCGGCCCCACCAGUGUCCGAUGUGCUACAAACGCUUCAGCAGCUCCAGCAACCUCAAGGCCCACCUGCGCCUGCACAUGGGGGUUCUGCCUUCCCAGUGCAGCAUCCGGCCCGGUCCCUGCAGCCAACACAGUCGCCUGAAGCUGCCCCGGCCACUGCGUGUCCCACGGGCCCAUACCCCCCUGACACGGGCCUCCAUGGCCUCGGCCCAGGGGUACCAUGGAACUUUAGAUCUGGUGCCCAUGUCAUCGGAAAAGCAGACGGGCUGGUAUGUGGUCAGGAUGUCCUCUGCAUCUCCAAGAAGGCAAGGGCAGUCAAUGUGAGCCCUGGGACCAGGACAGCCUUGGAACGGGGUGGCGGGGAUGGGGAGCAAGAGAUUAAAAGGUUUUCUCAAAGGCUUAGUGGGUUUCCUGCGCUUCAACACUGGGCAUUGGAGGAGCCAAGUGUAUUCCUAAACUCUAAUAACCUGCUUGGGGUGUGAGGUGGCACCUUGCAACAUCCUGCAGAGGCUUGAGCAGCUGGUGGGUGAGCCAGGACGGAGGGUCUGGUCCCAUCUAGGUCACAGACAGCGAGCAGAACCCAAACCCUGCCUAAGGGAGGUGGCUCAGGCCCCUACCGCAUGCCGGGGCAGCCCAACCGAGGGAGCUCCACUUCAUCCCCUGCUUCUGUGUGACCCAGACCAGCGCAUCUCUCUCCUUCCUGUCUCUAACACUUAGCUGGGUGUGGCUCUGUUCUCUGCCACCCACUCACAGCUCCUAGGCAGCCACCAUGCCCCGAGGUCAGGCAGGGGAAGCCAGGAAGAACAUACAAGAUGUCGGCGUCAUUCAUGACCCGGAAACAUGACGCUCCCUCCGUGUCAAGAGCAUCGCUUCAGAGGG